AUUCCGUUGACCAGCCCGUCUGUCUCCCUAAAUAAUAACGAGAUAAGGUUUCAUUUCCUUCACACACAUUUUACAUCGAACAAAUUCAUUUAAACAAUUUGAUAAAGUCAGUGUAUCUGGAUGGGAUUAUUCGAUUCCUUUUUCAGUUCAAGAACUCGCAAGAAGCAGAAAACAAUGUAUGCAAACUUAGUACAGAGUUCCAUGAGUUCUGGAAUCAAGGUUUUGGAAACCACAGUCGACAGUCAGAUAGAUGCUGUGAAAUCUGGCGGAGAAAAAUGCAUAAAUUUCGCAGGAACAGUUGCUGUUGAAGGAGGAAAACUUGUGGAAGAAGGAGUACAAGAAGUGGGGGAUACUGUGAAAACUGUGGGGGAAACAGCAGUGAAUUGUGUGAACCUCGUGGAUGAUGGCGUUGAAAACAUCUUGAAAUUGAAACGGAUGUGUCAGAAUAUUUAUCAAUUGGCUUUCAAAUUCAAGAGUUAUCUCGAAGACGAUUCAUUGAUAGAAAGUACGCUUGCCUUGACAGUAUGGUUGGUAGUUUGUUUUUAUUUUCAAAUAUGGAUGAUACCGGUGAUAGUUCUGCUCAUUUAUCUGAAGAAUUUACUAUUAUUUUAUUUAGUAGGAGCUCCUAUAGAAGAAGCAAACACUUUAAAAAAGUCAGUUGGAGAAAAAAUGGAGGCAAUACAAGAGAUAAUGGGAUUAGUCCAAACUAUAAUUAGCAACUUGGAAUAUAUUCUUCAAAAAAUCUUUGGAUUCAUCAACCUGAAAUCAUUGCAUCUUUCAUGGGUAGUAAUUCUUAUACAGGUGGUCAUAACUUUUAUUUUAAUGUACAUUCCAAUAAACUACCUAUUGAUGCUAUGGGGAAUAAGUUUGUAUUCCAAGAAAUUCUUGAAAAAGGACACCACACCAGGAAAAAAUGAUGAGGAUGAUGGAAAAACAGUUGUAGCAGCUACUGAAGAACUUCAAGAUGUAGCCAAAGAUUUUUUGACCCUCCAUUUUACAACAGGUGUCAACCAACUGAAGAAUGUUUUUGGGAAAUUGUCUUCAAAAUCUGAUUGAUAUAAAUAUAUAUGUACAAUUCACAGGUCUU